UUCUAUGUGGCCUCUCUCUCAGGAUCCGGAGGCAAACAGAUCGUAAAGUAGGAUUCCCUCACGGAGGACAGAGCAAGCGACCCAGAGAGCGGAGGAGUGGGAAAAAAAUGUCAUCCAAAUCUAUCGAACACGAUGUUGCAGCCAAUCGUGACAUCCUGCGCUUCGGAUUGAACGGCAUCAAGGGCGACAUCGUCGGAUAUCACCCACUCGAAUCCCUUCGCGAAUCCGCGACUAGAUUUUGGGGGGAGAAGAAGCGGACUGGGUUAGCUCUAACCUAUGGAUCUGCUUUUAAUUUGAGAAAGGAUCUUGAUGCGCAAAUCCUGUCGAGAUUCCAGAGGCCUCCUGGGUUGCUGCCAUCAUCCAUGCUUGGAUUUGAGGCUCUCACUGGUGCCUUGGAUGAUUUUGGGUUCGAAGAUUACUUGAAUGUGCCAGAAGACUCAGAAAUCUUCCAACCUCCAGACAUGCACCAUGGGAUGGAAGUCCGCCUUGGCAUUUCCAAGGGGCCUGUUUGCCCAAGUCACAAAUAAGUGUGCAAUUUGCUGUUUUGAAAGAGCUAUACCUUACUACUGAUUCAGAAAUAGAAAUUGUUUCUUUCAUUAUUAUGGAUCAGUAUGUGUUCUUUGGAGUUAUACUUUGGCUGCAUGUUUAGUUGCACUUAUUCAUGAAACAGGUGAUAACAGUCGAAAAUUAAGACAUUCUUGUUACGGUG